AAUGCUCAGUGUUUACAUGGGGACAUUGCACAGUCACAAAGAGAAAUUACACUGAAAGGCUUCAGAGAAGGUAGUUUUAAAGUUUUGGUGGCAACUAAUGUGGCUGCCCGUGGUUUGGACAUUCCUGAGGUUGACCUGGUGAUUCAAAGUUCUCCUCCACAGGAUGUUGAGUCCUAUAUCCAUCGCUCUGGACGCACAGGUAGAGCUGGCCGGACAGGAAUUUGCGUGUGUUUUUAUCAACCAAGAGAAAGAGGUCAAUUAAGAUAUGUGGAACAAAAAGCAGGAAUUACUUUUAAACGUGUAGGUGUUCCUUCUACAAUGGAUUUAGUUAAAUCUAAAAGCAUGGAUGCCAUCAGGUCUCUGGCUUCUGUUUCUUAUGCUGCUGUUGAUUUUUUCCGACCAUCAGCUCAGAGACUGAUAGAAGAGAAAGGGGCAGUGGAUGCAUUGGCUGCAGCAUUAGCCCACAUUUCUGGUGCAUCGAGCUUUGAACCACGAUCUUUGAUAACCUCUGAUAAGGGGUUUGUGACCAUGACUCUGGAAAGCCUGGAAGAAAUACAGGAUGUCAGCUGUGCUUGGAAAGAACUUAACAGAAAGCUGAGUAGUAAUGCUGUAUCCCAAAUUACCAGAAUGUGCCUCCUAAAAGGAAAUAUG